AAGGUUAACCAAAACAGUUUAAAUAACGCGUUUGCAGAGUUUAGGUUGAUUUGCACUAAAGGAAGGUCCGAAUGGAUAUGAAUUGCGACCUAUCGCUGCGAGUGAGCGUCUUCUCCGAACAAGGAGGAAGGAAAUACAUGGAGGAUUUAACGGAGGUGAUCGUGGAGCUGGAACCCACCGAAGAUGAGUUGCAGGCGGCGGGACACGCUGAUCCAAAGCCGGACCAAGAGCCGGUCUCUGAUAGCGAACCGCCGGACUGCUCAAACAAUCCUUUACCGGUUCUGAUAACGUGGAGAAACCCGCUGUCGACCGAGGAGGCUGACGGUACGGAUGAGCCUGGGACUCAACCGGCGGCGGCGGACAGCAGGAGAUCGGUCGCCUUUUUUGCCGUGUUUGACGGACACGGAGGGCGAGAAGCUGCGAUGUUUGCUCGAGAUCACCUCUGGGAUUUUCUCAAGAAGCAGCGGGGAUUCUGGUCUAAGGAUUACCGGAAGGUUUGUUCCGCAAUUCGGAAGGGCUUUAUCGCAUGUCAUCACGCGAUGUGGAAAAAGCUUCCUGAAUGGCCCAAGACUUUAACUGGUCUCCCCAGUACUUCGGGCACUACAGCCAGUGUGGUGGUCAUCAGAGGGGACCAUAUGUUUGUGGCUCAUGUUGGGGAUUCAUCUGUGGUUCUGGGCGUGAGGGAGGACCCCUCGGAUAAGGUCAUCAAAGCUGUGGAGGUCACUCAAGACCACAAGCCCGAGCUCCCAAAAGAGAAGCAGAGAAUUGAGGGACUGGGAGGAAGUGUGGUGAAGAAGUCUGGUGUGAACCGUGUGGUGUGGAAACGACCUAGGCUAAGUCACAAUGGACCGGUCAGGAGGAGCACCCCAAUCGAUCAGAUCCCCUUUCUCGCUGUUGCCAGGGCUCUGGGUGAUCUAUGGAGUUAUGACUUCUACAGUGGAGAGUUUGUGGUGUCUCCUGAGCCUGACACCAGUGUGGUGACCCUGGACCCAAGACGGCAUCGUUACAUCAUCGUUGGCAGUGAUGGGCUUUGGAACAUGGUGCCACCGCAAGAGGCAGUAACUGUGUGCCAGAGCCACGAUGAGGCUGUGGCGCCUUUUGGGAUGUCGGUUGCACGUCGGUUGGGUUGCCAUGCAUUGAUGCGAUGGCGUCAGCGAAUGCUUCGUGCCGACAACACCAGCGUCAUAGUUAUCGCCCUUCCUGAGCCUGGCAAACCACACUUACCUAUGCACAGAGACGAGGUCAUACUCAGCCUAGCAGAGGGUCCACACUGUGAUCCAGCAACAGGAUCCCGCUCCAACACGCCACUCAUCAAGACUCCAGAUCCAGACCUGUCCUCAGCCAGCAGUGAGUCUUUGCCAGCGCUGGAGAGGAGGAACGGCUUGUCAGGAGUAAGUCUGUGUGCUGAAGCCCCGCUAGAGGAAAACCUCCCUUACAUUGAGCUCGCUGAUAAAACCGACUUGACUGUGUGUCCUAGUGGGGGCAAGCGGACCCUAGACACUCCCCUGUCCUCUCCGGUGGCCAAGAGGCCCCGACGCAGCCCCCUCGCCCCCAGCAGCUCCCGCAAGAGGACUACCGAUCGCUCCCUCCCCAGGCGCAACACCACCAAGAGUCAAAAACGGACUCCCAGCGUCUCCAUACUACAGCACCGCAAAGCAGCGCUCUGUGUCUGCUGAACACAAACUCAACCUACAUCUGCUCUCAGAGCUUCUGCAUGAUCACAAGAGUAAAUAACUGUUAGCGUUUUUGUCCAUGUUUCGACUGUACGUCAUUGUUUCUGUUUGUAAUGUAAGAUUGUGUUGUUGUCGUGUGCUAUCAUUGGGUCAUUUCUUUCCUUUCUAUUUUAGUGGUGUGAAUCUGAGUAAAAUGUUUUACCAUUUGAUUUUAUGGUUAU